UUGGUCUCUAAAUUUCAUUCAACUUGAAGAAAAAAAAAUUACGUGCAUUAUUGUGAUUGAAAAAUUGUUAAAAAAAAAAGUUUGCAAAAGUCUCUUAUUUCUCUCGAAGAAGAAUUGCCGGAAUUCUGCAAAAGUGCUAAAAGAUCAAUGCAGAACAACUAAGGGCGGCUUUCCCGAACUUAUUACUGAAAACCGAUUUUGACGAUACGUCCUGAGAAAUGACGUUGAUUUCGAAAAAUGGGGCAAUCCCCCGUAACCAGAACCGCCAGCAGCAGCCACAGAUGCAGCAGCAACAGUCCAGCUCAUCUGGGACAUCCUCGAGCAGCGUCUCCCCGGAAAAUAUGAAUCGCGGCCCCAUGCAACCGGCGGCGCGGACCCUUUUGUACUCUGAGCUUUUUCACGCUGAAGUUCAGCGUAAACGAAAUGCAGCUAGAGCUGCAACCAUGGAGCAGCAUAUCAGGCCACCGCCAACACUGGAGGACAGCGAGGCAGUUGAUUUGGAUGAAUUUGUCGUUAACACCCGCCUCGGGGCUAUUGGGACACCGCGUCAGUCUCCAAAGGAGGAAGAUGGGGCUGUUGGGUAUUCAAGCCCAAGUCCGGGUUCCGAUGAGACUCCCCCGAAUUUCGGUGGGAUCAACUACUACUGCGGAAAUUGCCAAAUGCACCACGCAAUUUCACGCUGCAUCAGCUGCAAUGAUAUCCUGUGCGAGGAAUGCGUCCAGCGUCAUAUCUACCGCAAUCUAGCCAAUGAUCACAUCAUUAUGCCUCUUCACGCUCCCCCGCCAGCUCCACAAGCCACCAAUGGGGCUGUUGCGAUGCCAACCCUCAACACAGGGCCCCGUUGCUCGCUGCACAAUGAAUCUCUGCGAUAUGUGUGUGAGACGUGCUUCAUGAAUGUGUGCCAGGAUUGCACACUGUGGGAGCACAAGGAUCACAACUGUGUCCUUGCAAAUGAAGUUGUGGACAAUGCUCAUGUGAAGCUCAAUGCAAUCUUCAAUUAUGGGAAGAUGGGAACGCAGAAGAUCAAGUGCAGCAUCGAUAAGGCCGUUAUCUACUCUCAGGCCAUUGAACGGGAGACUUGUGAAUUGGCAAAUCGCAUCCGGAAGACAAUGCGAGCCCUCUGCUGUGCCGUUGAGGAACGUGAACGUGCUCUGCUUGAUCGUUUGGAGAAGAUGCGCUAUCAGAAGUUGACAAUUCUAUCUGAUCAGAUGACCGGACUUCGUGCAGCUCUAGCUGGUAUUGCAUCAACAUCCGUUGAACUGACAAAAGCUCAACAAGUUCUACCAUCAUUGAGUCAAACGGAUUUGGCAUUGGUUCUGGUUCGUACGGAAAAUCAGAUGUACGAAUUCUCAGAGAUGUACAAAAGUUUGCAGCCGAAGGAGGAAGUUUUCACAUUUGUUCCGCCGAAUUUUGAUUUGGCCACUGAGAUUAAGAAGCAGGGCGACAUCCAGCUUCAGGAACGUCGUCUACCCAAUGGUGAGGUGCCUGCUGAGCCCCAACCACAACAGAUUUGUAAUGGGAUUCCCGGGAUUCUGCAGCCACAGCGAAGGCGUCCAAUUUUGCGAGCUCCCGAAGGACCUCUUGUUGUGCAACAGCCACCACCUAUGAUGGUGCCUCAGCAACAGGAAGAGAGGCAACCAGAUCCCGUGGAAGCAGCACUUCCGCGGGAACUUUCACCUUCUUUCGGUGACACAACAGUUCGUGCUGAAUUCGGUGGGAGUCUCUGCAUCCCCGGGCAUCCAUUCCCAAUAAGAGUGCGCUACACCCCCGGCCCUGUGGUGUCUUUUGCCUACGAGGGCUCUGGCGAGGGUGAAGUCAGCCGCCCAUGGGGUGUGUGCGUUGAUCGCGACGGGCAGAUUCUCCUUGCAGAUCGCAGGAAUAAUCGCAUUCAGGUCUUUGGGCAGGACGGGAAGCUGCGCUUUAUGUUUGGCUGCCAUGGGCAGGCUAAUGGGCAAUUUGACCUACCAGCUGGCAUAACAACCGAUCAGAUGCGUCGUAUCAUUGUGGUGGACAAAGAUAAUCAUCGUGUGCAAAUUUUCAGCCACACAGGCACCUACAUGCACAAGUUCGGGACAUUUGGGCGUGAAUGUGGGCAAUUCCAAUACCCCUGGGGUGUGUGCGUGAACGCCAAAGGUGACAUCCUCGUGUCCGACUCACGCAACCACCGCGUGCAGCUUUUCAAUCACAAUGGGCACUUCAUUGCACGCUUCAACUUUGACGGAAUCCACCAUACGCGUUCCCUCAAAGGACUCACAUCCCCACGUGGGGUCACGUGCACACCUUCCGGGAAUUUCAUUGUGUCGGACUUUGAGAAUCAUCGCUUGAUGAUUGUUGAUCCGGGAUUGACACGCCUCAUUGCAUCAAAGGGCUUCGAGGGCAUCCCAAGGCAGGACUUUAGUCGCCCAUCAGGGUUGUGCGUUGACGACGAAGGACGCAUCAUUGUUGCUGAUUCCAAAAAUCAACGCGUCCUCGUCUUCACCAAGGACUUUGACUUCCUUUGGGCUGUCGAUGUGAGACCCGAAGUGAAGCUCGAUCGCCCACCGAUGCACGACAAGGAUCGCCCAACGGAUAUUGCCCUACUUCCGGAUGGUCGCCUUGUGAUGGUUGUUGAAACUUCACCGGAGUCCCGCGACUGCGUGGGCCCCAAUCAGGCUUUUGUUCACAUCUACUGAGCUGGCAAGCAAACUAUUUUUUUUUUCUUCAUCUUCAUUUAUUUUUUUUUCGUUAGUAUUAUUAGAAAGCCAACUUAUGGCAACAUUUUAUCUAUCAUUUUACUAUACAGACUUGAAAUUACGUUUAUAUUUCCUAUACUAUUGUUCCGGGCUCUCUACGCCCGUGUUAGAUGUAUUCUUUUUUCGUUAAACUAACAUCUUUUUCAAUAAUAAUUUUCGCUGUUUGAGACUAAAAAAAAACAAAAAGAAACUAACAACAUUUCUACCUCGUAGAAUUUAGUAUGUAAGAUUAUAAAAUGCUUCAUUACCGCGAAAGAAGCAAAAUUUUUGAGAAGAAAAAGAAAAGAGAGAAAGGAUUUUGAAGUUAGAAGUUAAGAUUCUGAGAAAUUAUUAAUGUAGAACUUUUUUUUUUUGCGUAACUCUAUAAGACUUUCAUUGAAAAGAUUAAAAGACUGAUUAAGCUGCUUCAAGGUCACAAUGGUGGGUGAUUGUUUUUGCACCAAAGCACCACGACCGUGAGGGCAUCUAAGAGAUUUUUUAAAGACUGACACAAGAGUUCAAAGUUGAAAGAAUAUAUUGAGCCUAUAUUUAGAGGAGAGAUUGUGGAGUAAGAAAAAGUCACUAAAGUGGCUGAAUUUAGUAAAAAUUUUCCAGCUUUGUCAACUUAGCAUUUCUAUAAAAUAUAGAUGAAAUUUAUUAAUUAGUAGAAAAUGUAACAAAAAGAGGCCCCUUUUAUAUGAAACAUUUUUUUUCUUUGUAAAACUCUUUGGAGUCUUUUUGAGAACAUUUAUAUAAUGAAAAAAUCCUUUUCUUCUUUAA